CAGGAAGUGCCUACGGAGGCCGGGCCGGCUGCGGAGCAGGGCCCGGGCAUGAGGUCGGGUGGAGACCGCAGGGCGGGCGGCGGCGGCGAUGAGCGACAUCGUGGAGAAGACGCUGACGGCGCUGCCGGGACUCUUCCUGCAGAACCAUUCGGCUGGGGGACCCGCGGCCGCCAAAGCGCCCUUUUCCUCGCGUCUGGGGGGCCUCGUCCGCGGCAUCACCUCGCUCACCUCCAAGCACGAGGAAGAGAAAUUAAUCCAGCAGGAGCUGAGUAAUCUGAAAGCAACUGUUUCUGCUCCUACGACAACACUGAAAAUGAUGAAGGAAUGUAUGGUGAGACUUAUAUAUUGUGAAAUGCUCGGAUAUGAUGCUUCCUUUGGCUAUAUACAUGCAAUCAAGUUGGCACAACAAGGAAACCUUUUAGAAAAAAGAGUAGGUUAUUUGGCUGUUUCCUUAUUUCUCCAUGAAAGUCAUGAGCUGUUGCUUCUCCUUGUGAAUACAGUUGUAAAGGACUUACAGAGCACUAACCUGGUAGAAGUAUGUAUGGCACUUACUGUCGUCAGCCAGAUUUUCCCUCAAGAAAUGAUUCCAGCUGUUCUUCCAUUAAUAGAAGAUAAACUUCAACAUUCUAAGGAGAUUAUUCGAAGAAAAGCUGUUCUGGCAUUGUACAAAUUCCAUCUCAUUGCUCCUAAUCAAGUACAGCAUAUCCAUAUUAAGUUUCGGAAAGCACUUUGUGAUAGAGAUGUUGGGGUCAUGGCUGCUUCUUUGCACAUAUACCUUAGGAUGAUUAAGGAAAAUUCCUCUGGAUAUAAAGAGUUGACUGGGAGUUUUGUUACAAUUUUGAAGCAAGUAGUUGGAGGAAAGCUCCCAGUAGAUUUCAACUACCACAGUGUGCCAGCACCAUGGCUACAAAUUCAGCUCUUGAGAAUAUUAGGACUUCUAGGGAAAGAUGACCAAAGGACAAGUGAAUUAAUGUAUGAUGUUCUUGAUGAAUCCUUACGAAGAGCUGAGUUAAAUCACAAUGUCACAUAUGCUAUUCUGUUUGAAUGUGUACAUACAGUCUAUUCUAUUUAUCCUAAAUCAGAAUUACUUGAGAAGGCUGCCAAAUGCAUUGGAAAAUUUGUUCUCUCACCUAAAAUAAAUCUCAAAUAUUUAGGACUGAAGGCUCUUACCUAUGUUAUCCAACAGGAUCCCACUUUGGCUCUUCAACACCAGAUGACAAUAAUUGAAUGCUUAGACCAUCCUGAUCCCAUUAUUAAAAGAGAGACUCUGGAACUUCUUUACAGAAUUACAAAUGCACAGAAUAUAACAGUGAUUGUACAGAAAAUGCUCGAAUAUUUACAUCAGAGCAAAGAGGAGUAUAUUAUCGUGAAUUUGGUUGGCAAAAUAGCUGAGCUGGCUGAGAAAUAUGCUCCUGAUAAUGCAUGGUUUAUUCAGACAAUGAAUGCUGUGUUUUCUGUGGGAGGAGAUGUAAUGCAUCCUGAUAUUCCCAAUAACUUCCUAAGGCUACUAGCAGAAGGUUUUGAUGAUGAAACAGAAGAUCAACAAUUAAGGCUUUAUGCAGUUCAGUCUUAUCUCACUUUACUAGAUGUGGAAAAUGUGUUCUACCCACAGAGAUUUCUUCAAGUUAUGAGUUGGGUGUUAGGGGAGUAUUCCUACCUCUUAGAUAAGGAAACACCAGAGGAAGUUAUAAUUAAGCUCUACAAGUUACUUAUGAAUGACUACAUUUCUUCAGAAACCAAAGCCUGGUUAAUUGCUGCUGUGACCAAGUUGACACCCCAAGCACACUCUUCUAACAUAGUUGAGAGGUUAAUCCAGGAAUUUACUGUAUCUUUGGAUACUUGUAUAAGACAGCAUGCAUUUGAAUUAAAACAUUUGCAUGAGAAUGUGGAACUCAUGAGGAGCUUGCUUCCAGUUGAUAAGAGUUGUGAAGACAUGGUGAUAGAUGCUUCCUUAUCUUUUCUGGAUGGUUUUGUGGCUGAAGAACUCACUCAGGGGGCAGCACCUUACAAACCUCACCACCAACGGCAGGAGGAAAAGCUUUCUCAGGAAAAAGUCCUCAAUUUUGAACCAUAUGGACUCUCCUUUUCUUCAUCUGGCUUCACUGGACGACAGUCUCCUGCUGGCAUUUCUCUUGGUUCAGAUGUAUCUGGGAAUAGUGCAGAGACAGGGCUGAAAGAGACAAAUAGCUUGAAACUGGAAGGAAUAAAGAAAUUGUGGGGGAAAGAGGGCUAUCUUCCCAAGAAGGAAGGCAAAACUGGUGAUGAAACUGAAGCUCCAUCUAUUCCUCAAGAGAGUAAAAUGAUGGAAAAUGUAGAUCAAACUAUAACAAACAGGGAUCAAUCUCAUGUCCUUGCCCAAUCUAAAGAGGAGAAAGAAAAGCAGCUGCUGGCAUCAUCGUUGUUUGUUGGGCUAGGAUCAGAAAGUACCAUCAAUUUGCUGGGAAAAGCAGAUACUGUCUCUCACAAGUUCAGAAGGAAAUCAAAAGUCAAGGAAACCAAAAGUGAAGAAACAAUCAGUGCUCAUAAUAUGAGCUGUCCUUCCUUUAGUUCUUCAUCAAGUGCGACUUACGAAGAUUAUUGUUUGGAUACUUUGCAGGAUAGAGGAGACAAAGAAUUAAGUACAUUUUCUCUUAAUUCAGAACUUUUGGAUUCUGAGUCACUCACAGAACUGCCCUUGGUUGAGAAACUUGCAAAUUGCAGCCUCUCUACACCUACACCUUCUUUGUUUGCUGAUAACAUGGAAGUUUUUCACCCUCCUCAAGCCACUGCAGCCUCUGUUGCCAGUGAAAUCUCUUUAGCUUCUUCCUUGUUGGAAGAUACUACUGAGCACAUGUAUUCAGAUGUUGUGGAGGUCUGUAAUAAUGAAACCAUAUCAGUAUCUUCUUACAAAAUUUGGAAGGAGGAUUGUUUAUUGAUUGUCUGGUUAGUUUCUAAUAAGAGUGGUUCGGAAUUGAAAAGUGCUAACUUAGUAAUUGCUCCUGCAGAAAAUUUCCAGAUCACUGAGCAACCUGGAUGCUGCUUGCCUGUAAGAGAAGCAGAAAGCACCAAAAACUUUCAGUAUAGUGUGCAGAUGGAAAAACCUUUUACAGAAGGCAGUCUUUCUGGUUUUAUAAAUUACCAAAUGAUGGACACUCAUUCUGUUCAGCUUGAAUUUUCAGUAAACUUAUCACUAUUAGAUUUCAUUAGACCAUUGAAAAUCUCAACUGAAAACUUUGGCAAACUCUGGUUGUCCUACGCAAAUGAUGUGAAGCAAAAUGUAAAAAUGUCAGAAUCUCAAGCUGCUCUGCCUUCUGUCCUGAAGACCCUGCAACAGGAACUAAGACUUCAUGUUGUUGAAAUUAUAGGUAAUGAAGGGCUGUUGGCUUGUCAGCUGCUUCCAUCCAUCCCCUGCUUGCUACAUUUCCGAGUUCGUGGUGAUGUAUUAGCCCUGUGGUUCAGAUCUUCCUGCUCUACUCUUCCUGACUAUUUACUGUAUCAGUGUCAAAAGGUGAUGGAGGGAUCCUAGCAGCAGCUGUGCUUAUAUUUUACUGCAUCAAAAUAAAUGGUUUACAUAGAUAAAUUUAUUUACCAAAGUAAAAAGUACUCAUGGUACUGCUGAUGAAAUAGGGAUUAUUACAAACUAUGGUUUUAAUAUGUUUUCUUUAUUCCUGAUCAAGAAACUUCCCCCAAAAACUGUAUCCUUAACCUUUUACUCAGGAUUGUACAGUAUGUUUAGGUCCCAAAAAGUGACCUAAGCUAACGUUAUAAACUGCUAUUGAUUUAUAUAUCACUUGGUGUAGAGGGACUGAAAAUAUUUAUUUUGUUAUAAGUGAUUUUAUAGCAAAUUUACUCUAAUGCUACCUGAUUGGUGGUAAAGCCAAGACUCAUUCUCUGCAUUGUUGGAGACGAGACAUGGAAUUGAUAAUCCCAAACCUAAUUCAUAUUUGGCUUUAUAAUGCAGUGUAUGCUUUUUGGUAGGAAGUCAUUACUUUCAAGUAUGUUUAACUUAGAUCAGUGUUGAACUAAGUUGGCACAGCACACACUAACAGUUCAGGAGAUCUGUGAGCAUGCUAGAUAUUGGGGGGAUGCAAUCUCUGAUACAGCUUUUACAAAUAAUUGCAUAUAAUUUGGCUACAAAAUUUGUUUUCCACUUGCAUUUGUUUUUAAAAUUCAGAAUUUAGAGUGAAUCACUUCAUUCUUAUUUUAAAAAUUCAGUUAUUUACAUAAUAUUAUCAUACAGAAACAAAACUCCAUAAGAGCACACAAUAGUAAAGCACACAGAUGUAAAAGGAUUUUCUAGUUAUGGCAGAUAUCUUAGUCAGUUACCGCUUGGGUCCUUUGACAACUUAAAAUUUGUGAUUAGAGUGUAAAUGACAAAACCAUCCUUCCUGGCCUUUAAAUCUAAUACUCCCCAUGGAUACAGCUGAAGCCGUGACUAAGUGGAUCAUACAGGGUCUUCAGUACAAUAUAUUAUUUUCAUAUUAUAGCUGUCCCUGUUUGGCUUCUGUCAGAACUAUUAUCAGUGAAAGAAGAGGUUAAGCCUAAUAUGAAUGAUGGACUGGAAUUUUGAGAUUGUAUAUUAAUGUUAAAAACUGAAAUAGUAUUUUAUAAAACCUAUGGUGCUGUGGAAAAUAUUUCUUAUUUCACUUUUUCUGACACUUCACAAUGGAAACUAUUUGGAUAAUAUAAUUUUAAGUCAUUGCCAUUAAUACUCUGGUUAAUCGGUACUUUUUGUCACCCAGGUGUGGAAUUCUAAUUUAAGUUAUCAUUAAUCAUAGCUGAUAAAGAUGCUAAAGGGAUUCCCUAGAGCUGGUAGGUUUCAUUAGUCAUUUGUGUCUAGUGUAUUCCUCCCUAAAAACAAAAGCAGUGUUUUUUAAAGUUAAUCUUUAAGUUACUGAUUUAAAACAAAUGUAAUACCUAGUGAUUUCAUGCCUUUAAAAACAUACACCGUAAAACCUUGCUACAAGAGCAAUGAUAAGUGACUGGGAUUUCCUGUAUGAAAAGACCUAUACAGGAAAAAUGAUCUUUUCAGUAGAAGAUCAGAUUCAUCUUCAAGCUCCCAACAGUGCCAUGGUGAAGGGAAUGUGCUGUCUCUGGGAGUGUGGACCCUGGUGGCUAGACUCAUCAGCUUCCGCGUUACUCCUAGUUAGCAGAACCCCCUGGCCCACCUGAUUCUGCUAUUAUCUGACAAAGAGAUAGGAAGUGCCUUCUCACUUUGUGGAGGAACGCAGUGUGUGGCAAAGAAGGUGCUCCAGGUUUUUGUGUCCUUACUUGUGUGUGUUUGGGUGAUCGCCAAGGCUGGGUCAGGUGGGGAACAGUGGGAAUAAGGUGCCCGGCAGGCAGAUGGGCAGCUCUUUGGGAGAGAUUACAAUGAGCUGCUGUGCUACUGUGUUGCAAGGGUAUUCAUGAGUGGCAGCAGGUUGUCAUGAAAGACAUGCUUGGCUAACAGAACUGUGUAAUGGUGGGAGACAGGUAAUGGCAGGUUAGGCCUGGGAGCAUGGGGGUCUUCUAGAGGGAAUGUGGUGUCACUCUUGUUUUUUCUGAACCCAUUAAAUAAAAAUUUGGGUAGCAAGGUUUCUACUGAAAUGUUCAGUGGAAUGUUUACAAUUUUUAUAUUUUUAUGGUUUUAAAAACAAAUAGUAAGACAGAGUAGAUUUUAAAGAAUAUCAGAGCAGUUAUAUUCUGCCUAAACUAACUCAAUGUUUUAAGUUCUAAAUCAGGCACCACCACCUUUUUCUACAUUGUAGAUAUUUUUGUGGAUGGGUCAUCUCUACCUUAUAGUCAUAAUUUAGCCAAGUGAAAGGUCAGCAUCUGGAGUAAAAGCUGUGGUGGGGGUACUAUCCAACUGUGUGAGUUCUGUCCUGGGCAUCUGCCCUGACAGUGCAGGCAGCAGCAGGUGUGAAUUGGGUAGAAUAAAGGCAGAUGAGACAGAAAAGCCUUAAGAACAGGUGAAGGAAGAAGGAUUAGGCUCCCACCAGCAUAGUCCGUGUGGAGGCAGGCAGGUCAGGCUCGGGAAAGCGGACCCUGAGCAAGGGUCCUUCUAAGGGAAGUGUAGAUAAGCUGAGCAGUUACCAAGUGCUGAGUGCCAAGCAUACCACAGCGUAGGCUGAGGAAGAGCAUUAUUUUAAAUAAUACUGUACUGUCAUCUACCAAAACAAUUGUGGUGAAAAUGCAGUAUUUUAUUUUUUCCUUUAUUUCAUGUUAGUAAUACUUUAAAAUAUUGAGCUCUUUGUCUUAUUUCUUAUUGAUAAAUGUGGUCUUUCAUGAUUAUGAGCCACUGGAAGUGUACUGAACCUAUACACGUCUUUAAGAUGUUUUGCUGUGUUAAAAUAUUAGGAAGGAAAAAUGCAAGUGAAUAACAGGCAUUAAUUACCUUAUUUUGGAGUUGAAUUCUGUAAUUUGAAAAAAUUCAUUUAAACAUGUAAUAAAUACAAAGUGAUCUAUA